UGAUUGAACUGCCAAAUUUUUCGUUUUUAUUUGCUUUUCCUUGCAUUAAUCGGUGCUCAGAGUACAAUUGUUUUGUUAGUGGCUUGACUGGAAUACAUUGCAAAAUAUUUCGCAGUUAUUUUAAUUCUAUAUUGAAGUGGAUUAAAAUCUUUUUAUAUUUGCAAUUGUAUAUUUCUGUAGUUGGUUAAAGGCUGUGACAUACCGUUAACAAAACCACAAACAUGGGAGUACCAAAAUUUUUUCGCUACAUCAGCGAACGUUACCCUUGUCUAAGUGAGCUGGCAAGAGAGCAGUGUAUUCCGGAAUUUGACAAUCUGUAUCUGGAUAUGAACGGCAUAAUUCACACGUGCUCACAUCCCGAUGACAGCAACUUUCACUUCACCAUAACGGAAGAAAAUAUUUUUAAGGAAAUUUUCAAUUAUAUUGACAAGUUAUUCUUCCUUAUUAAGCCACAAAAACUAUUUUUCAUGGCCGUUGACGGUGUAGCACCUCGCGCUAAAAUGAAUCAGCAACGCAGCCGGCGUUUUCGUUCGGCUAAAGAUGCUGAAAUAUUGGAAGCCAAAGCGAAAAGCCGUGGCGAAGUACGUGAACAUGAACGCUUCGACAGUAACUGUAUCACGCCCGGAACAGAGUUUAUGACUCGUCUGCAUGAAGCACUACGCUAUUUUGUAAAGAGUAAAAUAAGUUCAGAUCCGUUAUGGCAAAAAUGUCGCGUUAUACUAAGUGGUCAAGAUGCCCCUGGUGAAGGAGAGCACAAAAUAAUGGACUACAUUCGUUACCUUAAAUCUAAAAAAGACUACGAUCCCAAUACACGUCACUGCCUCUACGGGCUGGAUGCAGACUUGAUUAUUUUAGGGCUCUGCACACACGAAUUACAUUUCGUAGUAUUGCGGGAAGAGGUCAAAUUCGGACGAAAGGCUAAACAGGCUGCUGUUGAAGAAACGCGCUUUUUUCUCCUACACUUGGGAUUGAUGCGCGAAUAUCUCGAAAUGGAGUUCGAUAAGCUGAAACAAAUAGAUGACAAAUUUGACAUAUCCAAUCUUAUAGAUGAUUGGGUACUUAUGGGAUUUCUAGUUGGCAAUGAUUUUAUACCACAUCUGCCGUGUAUGCACAUUUCUUCGAAUGCACUGCCUUUGCUAUAUGACACUUACAUUAAAGUUUACCCAUCACUCGGAGGUAAUAUAAAUGAAAAGGGGCAUCUAAACUUAGAGCGUCUGGAAAAAUAUUUUGCUGAACUUGCCGACGUGGAAUUUAAAAUUUUUCAAGAAAACCAUGCGGAUUUGAAAUAUUUUGAAGCUAAGCAAACGAAAAAUGGCAUCGAUGAGGCGUUCGACUUUGAUAUAUCCGAAAUAACGAACGACAAUCAAGAUGCUGAUCUCGCUAUUUUAAUAGAGAGCAGUAGGCAGUUUUUAGAAGAUGACGAUGAAGACUUGCCCGAUGAAGAACAACAUAUAACUGAUGAAUUUGAGACUUAUAAGCGCAAUUAUUAUCUAAACAAAUUAAACCAGGACGAUAUGAAUAAUGAAUCGAAGCGUGAGCAGGCUAUUUGCUACAUUACAGCAUUACAGUGGAUUUUAGAUUACUACUAUAGAGGUGUUCUGUCAUGGGACUGGUAUUAUCCUCACCAUUAUGCACCAUUCAUCAGUGACCUGAAAAACUUUAAGGACUAUAAAAUUAAUUUCAAUUUGGGUAAACCAUUCCUACCAUUCGAACAGCUUUUGGCUGUUCUGCCAGCAGCUAGCAGAGACUUAUUGCCAUCCGCUUAUCGUGACUUAAUGACUAGUGCAACGAGUGAGCUACUCGAAUACUAUCCGCAAGAAUUUGAAACCGAUUUAAAUGGUAAAAGGCAUGAAUGGGAAGCGGUGGUGCUAAUACCUUUUAUAGAUGAAAAAUUAUUGUUAAACGCUAUGAAAGAUUGUGAGAAAAACCUUACACCAUCUGAAAUAAGACGAAAUCAACAUGGUCCCAUGCUGCAAUACGAUUACACUCGAGAAUCACAAGGAAGUGUACCAGGUAUUUUCUCAAUGAAAGCGCUCUACCACGUAUACUGCACUGAGCAGAAGAUUUGGUCGAAGGAAAUCGCUAUUCCGUCCGACAAGACAGUGUGUGUGGAAUUGCUGAGCCCAGAUCUUACGCUUUUCGUUCCUGGAUUUCCGACAAUGAAGCAUUUGAAAUACGAUUUUGAUGUGAAGUUUGCCCGUGUGCGCGUUUUCGAUCAACCCAGUCGUAAUGAGAGUGUUAUACUUAAACCGCAAAAUCGGGAAAGAUUUGACGAUGUCUAUAGCGUUGCUGAAAAGUGCUUGAAUCAGAGUGUUUACAUUGGUUGGCCACAUUUAAUAAAGGCUAAGGUUGUUGGAAUAUCCAGCAAAGAAAAGUACAUCGACACGAGCGGCAUGAAAGACAUGGACCCAAAAUUGUUCCAAAUACACAUGAAGACGGCACAAGAACAUCUCACAACGCGCAUGGGAAUAGAAUUUGACGACUUUACAGUUUUGGUGCAUGUGCGCACACACGUCGGCUCCACGUACACUUGCGGCAAUCAAGGAAAAAUAAUAAUUAACGAUGCCUGGGGGCAAGCAGUGACCGCUUAUCCUGCACAGGGAGUCGUUUCGGAAAUUGCCGUUCAAAAAAAUCUUGCGCUGCAACCCAAAAAAGUGGAAAAUUUAUUUCCAACAGAUAGUACUGUGUUUUUCUUGGGAAGUCCAUAUUUUGGCAGCGAAGGAACUGUACUGAAUCCGCUGCUGGUAUAUGAAUGCGGUCGUUUGAAAGUAAACAUAACGGUUCUGCCAGAACCAGAUUUCAGCGUUGCUAGAAUAAUUCAACAAAAUUCGGAGCGCGACUACAUUAACUCCUUUCAAGCAUCCGUCAGAAUUGGUUUGCACAUGAAAUGCCUUGGGCGCGUGACGGGAACGGUAUUGGUAAUAGCCGGCGCUAGACGUACGCAGCUGCCAGAAAAUGUGGCUAAAACUAAUAUUGGCUUACAAUUAAAAUUUCCUAAGCAGCAAGAAGAACGGACUGAGUAUUGCCGUCGUAUCAGUAAUCAAUGGUAUUACACAUCCAAAGCAAUUGCGCUCAUACAAGCGUAUUUUGAGAAAUUUCCAAUGGUUUUCGAAUAUUUAAGUCGCUCAUCUGAUCGCAAUGAAUUUUGUUUUGAGGAAGAUUUAUUUCCUGGAGAAGUUGGCGAGCAUAAGAUGGACGAAAUCGUCACAUGGCUGAAAAGUCAAGAGCAUGUUCAAGCGGACAGACGUUCAUGCGGCUCACAAAGUAUGGGAAAGGAGGCUGUGCAGAGUGUACUUGACGCCAUCGAACAGCUAAAGACUCUACCCGUCAAGACCGUUAAGCUGCAAGUGAAACCUCAUCUGCUCUUGAAGCCGAACGUAACGCUGCCAAGUUUGUAUAAACCGAAACGACCUGUGAAGUUAUUUGAUCGUGUUGUAGUUGUAAAAACCACUUAUAUGGUGCCAUUGGGAGCGAAAGCCACAGUUAUAGGCGUGUAUCCGGUAAUCGAUCCGAACCCCGUGCGCCUGGAGUGUGUAAAGGCAGUAGAUACUUUUUACGAACUGCUUUUUGACAAACAUCUGCCUGGUGGCAAUGAUAUAUACGGCAUCGCAGAGGAGCGCGUUUAUAAAGUGUCGGAAUCAUCGCUAUUGCUAAUUUUCGCACAAGAUAAUAAACCGAACGAAAUGCAAGAUGCGGCACUCAAUCUGUUCGCAAACGAUGAUAGAUUUACGGAUGACAACAACAGCAACAAUUCACUGCGUGCUAGACAACAGCAGCAACCAAGUCAAACGCGUGAUUUCAACGAGCCAAGCUGCAGCAAUAACUCCAAAGCAGUCAUGCUGCAGCAAAAACAAACGCCCGCAGCGGCUGCGGCAUCGUUGCCGGCACAAACAAUAAAUAGACAUCAAGUUGGUGAAAGUAGCAGCGCUGUUACUAUUGGUCAUGACGACUUCUGGAUGCCAGCUGCUGAAACAAAGAUGAAGCAUACCACAGGAAAUGAAUUGGGUCGAGCGAAUGUCAAAAACAAUAUCAUAGAGAAGAACAGUGCAAACAUUGAAGACCAAGCCAUCAAUGCUACACCUCUUUUAUUGGAAAGAAAGCAAGAUAAAGCUAUGCAACAGGCGUCAAAUAGCAAUAAACUACUUCGUAAUACUGCGGCUUCUAGCGUUGGCGAGAUGAGUGAGUGUCAAGCUGAGACACAGGUCUUGAAGAGUUUGCUAGGCGUCGGCCUGAACAGUACAGCUGCACAGCUUCUAACUCCAAAUAAUAACACAUCAGGCCAACCGCCGAAGACGCAUCUACCUCAACCGCCGGCUGGUUGGCGCAGCGAUGCGCAACAAGCACAACAACUGCCACAAAAUAGUCGCCAACAUUAUCCAACAUCGAAUUUGCCUUUGCAGCCGCCCUUGCCUUUACACCAGCAACAGGUGCAUCCAUCGGCACUUUUACACUAUGGCGGCCAGCCGUUGAUUAUGUCCAAAUACAGCGAUUUCUUUCCUCUAAUGCCGCAACCGCGCUCAAUGCCACAACAUGUCACACCCAAUCCCCAUCAGCAAACGGAACCGCACGCUCAGCCAUCGCCAUCACAAUUGCCGCAGCAUCAACAGCCACAAACACCAACUAGUAAAGGAAAUGUAGCAGCAACUAGCACUGUAAAAGAGAACGUAGAGUACCUGCAAAGAAAUCUCAAGAAUUUGCAAAUAAAGUCGGAAGCAACGAAUAUGGCUGCCACGCCACAACAGCAGCAACAACAGCAAACGACUGCAACACCCGUCAGCAACUCGCAAAUAACGCCGGAAGCAUCGAAUAUGGCUGCCGCGCCACAGCAGCAGCAAACGGCAGCAACACCUGCCACUGUCGCUGCGGACAACAGUUCAGAUAUUAAGAAGCAGCAGUCAAAACGCAAACGCUCGGCACGUGUACCUAAAAUUGGUGCACGAUUUGACAAUGCACACUGAUCGCUCUAGACGAAUAGAAGUGGAACAAAUGAAAUUAAAAUACUUUUGUUUAAAUGAAAAUAUGCAGCUAGUGUUAGUUUAAUUGAUGCAUACGUACAGCAACGGUGAACUAACUAUGUAGCUCGAUUUUAAAGUGACAAAAGUUGCAUACAAACA